CCAAGCUAGCUGUAUGUUACUGCACUGAACACACUAAUUCGUGUAGACUGACCAGAGUCCACGAAUUUCUUGCUACGAAAUUUCAAUCCUGAUAAGCAAUUUAGAAAGUGUUUCUAUCAUUGAGCAAUUAUACACAACCACAGAAACAGAAAGAUGGAGAAAUUCAGUUUUGGGGUGGACCCUAUCACUUCACAUGCUUGGAACCGUGACCGAACACAAAUAGCCAUUUCUGCCAACAACAGUUUGGUUGACAUCUAUCAAAAGAGUGAGGAAGGAUGGGAGAAAACACAAACCCUGAAUGAGCACACCCAGCGAGUGACCAGUGUUGACUGGGCACCCGAAAGCAACAUGAUUGUCACAUGUGGAUCCGACCGUAAUGCCUAUGUAUGGAUUCAGAACGGCAAUGAUGAGUGGAAGCCCUCUCUUGUUAUCCUGCGUAUCAACCGAGCUGCCACCUGUGUACGCUGGUCACCAUUGGAAAACAAGUUUGCUGUUGGUAGCGGUUCCAGACUGAUCUCCAUCUGUUAUUUUGAUAAAGACCACGACUGGUGGGUGAGCAAGCACAUCAAGAAGCCGAUCCGUUCAACCAUCACCACCGUUGAUUGGCAUCCCAACAACAUUCUCCUGGCAUGUGGCUCAACUGACUUCAAAGUCAGGGUGUUCUCUGCCUAUGUGAAGGACGUAGAGGCGAAACCAAGCGGUAACGUGUGGGGCUCCAAGCUACCCCUCGGUGCAUGCCUUAUGGAGUUUGGAGGAAGUGGUGGAUGGGUCCACGGUGUGUCCUUUGAUGCGACCGGUAACCGUCUGGCCUGGGUGAGCCACGACAGCACCAUCAACAUGGUGAAUGCUUCGGCCAACUUUGCAGAGAGCCAAACUAAACUCAAGAAUCUUCCCUGCCACAGCCUGCAGUGGGUGGGACCAGACAGUAUUGUAGCUGGAGGUCAUGAUUGCUGGCUGCUGCGAUUCAGUGUUGAUGACAGUAACAACCUCACCUUCGAGGGGAGAGUUGGCUUCUCCAGAAAGAGGACUGAAGAGAAAGUAACUGCCAUGUCAAUGUUUCAGAGCUUAGACAAGAGAGCCACAGUCGAAGACGAUUCUAAGAAGACCUCAAUACACCAAAACUCUAUUGUCCAACUCCUCAUCCACACAGGAGGCAGGGAGGCCGUCACCAAACUCUCCUCCGUCGGUGCUGACGGACUGCUGGUCGUCUGGAACCAGCACUCUCUCCAAGCUAGCAUAGGGGGCAGCACAUUCGACAUGCUCGCUGAAACCAUCAAUCAAGUUAACAUAGCAUCUCAAGAGUAAUCUACAUGACUGCCUCGGUUAUCUGAAAGUUUUCUUUCAGUUCCUUUGACAUGAAAAUGCUCUUGGGAUAAAAAGAAAACAAAGGAAAUGAUUUUGUAAUUUGAAGCUAUGCUAAGUUUGGAAAAAAACAAAUAUUUCCUUUGUGACAUUGAUUUCCUGUGUAUUUUGUGAGCUUAUGAAAGCUGUAUUCAAUUUGCUUGCUUCGAGGUCUUCACAGGUAUUCAUCUGGCUAUAGGUUGUGCAUCUCUGAACAUUUAUUGUAUGUCUUCCACUUAUUUGGCUUUAAAUUUGAUCAGCCCGAAAAUCAUGUUAACGGCAGAUAUUGGACUAUUCAAUGUAAAAACUUAUUAUCAAAACUUUGAUAAGAUUUUGUCAUAAUUUGUAUACAUACUUACCCAUAUUUAAACUACAUUGAAUGGCUGAAAGUAUUCAGGUGUACAGGGUCUGCAUGUUUCAAUUUUGUUUUGUAUGUUUUAGAAUUAUUUAAACAGCUUUUGAAACCAUCGUAACUCCAUUUGUUUUCUUUUCUGUACUAAGAAAUAUUUUAAAUGUUUGAGUUGUUCCUAGCAAAAUAAAAUUGACAAUAUUUAUUCAAAAUGGACACUCCUGUUGAAGUAAAAAGAAGAACAAAACAAUCACUUUCAUGCAUAUGUUUUAAUUCCAGAUUCACCUCGGAGCAUAGAUUCAAAUUAUCCAUGUAAAAUGAAUGGAUUAGUGUAGGGAAUUUCUAUGAGGGUAGAGAGUUAUGUAUUUAUUUCUUUGAGACCACAUUCUUGCCUGCUUUUAUAUGAUUUUGUUUUUCAACAGUACCGACACUUUUCG